AUGAACUCGAAACAACAUUGUAAUCGAUGUGGGAAACAAGUGUACCCGACGGAUAAAGUUGGACCACUCAAGGAUUCCACUUUUUUUCAUCAAGGUUGCUUCAAAUGCUACAUUUGUGGAACCCGAUUGGCUCUGAAAACCUACUGUAACAAUCGAAAUGACAUAAAUGACAAAGAAGUUUACUGCUCAAACCAUGUUCCGAUCGCCGGUCCCCAUGACUUACCGAUGGCAUCGACAAAUGGAUCUGGAAAGAAUUUGGAGAACAAUAAUCAUGUGAAAAAUGGAAAUUGGAUUGACGCCGGACUGUCUGACAUGAAAAUAGCCCAUGCGAUGAAAGCGACUCAGGUGGCGAGACCUUACCCGAAAAUCAGUCAUGAAGGAGCGAAAUAUGUGGUGGAUUAUGAUGCACAGACGCGGUUGGAAUUGCUGCAUCGUGCAGAUGAAGAUGAACUUUAUGAGGAAUUCCAAGAUAAAAGGAAUCGAGAAGCUGCAGAAUUUGAGAAAGAGAAUACAGAGGAAUGGGAGCGAGCUCUGGCGGAAUUCGCGAAGAAAUAUGAAAAGGGACAAGCGAAUAUGAAGAAGGAUGACUUGAUUAGGCAGUUGACAAUCAAAAGAGAAAAGAAGUUGGAGACUUUGCACACAAAGCGAAAGGAACGAGAACGUCAUCAGACCGCUGAACUCGUUGACCGACAAGCCAAAGAAAUGCUGGAAUUGUUCAAAGCAUCCCGAUCGGAAUACAGUAAUCUACAGUACCCAUCUACACCUCCUCCACCAGUUCCACCGUCUUGUAGCAAAAGAGAAAUCUAUACAACUACGGAUUAUUUCUCGUCAAUUGAUGAAGUGGCAAUUCACUGUGCUCGCAACGAAGUGGCUUCAUUCACUGAUCUUAUCAGAACUCUCUCUUCUGGAGCCAGAUCUGAUGUUGACGUGGCAAGAGCCAUUUAUAGAUGGAUUACAAUUAAGAAUUUGAAUACUAUGGUAUUCGAUGACUCGAUUCAAAGUGAUACUCCGAUGGGAUUGUUGAGAGGAAUCAAGUAUGGAACAGAGAGUUACCAUGUUUUGUUCAAGAGAUUGUGCAGUUACGCUGGUCUUCAUUGUGUUGUCAUCAAAGGAUUCUCUAAAUCUGCUGGAUAUCAACCUGGAUAUUCAUUUGAUGAUCAUCGUUUCCGUAACACGUGGAAUGCUGUCUUUUUGGAUGGAUCAUGGAGAUUCGUUCAGUGUAAUUGGGGAGCAAGACAUUUGGUAAAUGCCAAAGACGGAUCACAUGAAGCCAAAACUGAUGGAAACCUUCGAUACGAAUAUGAUGAUCACUAUUUCAUGACAGAUCCAGAAGAGUUCAUCUAUGAAUUCUUUCCAUCUGAUCCAGCUUGGCAGCUUCUGCCCCGCCCACUCUCUCUUCUACAGUUCGAACGCAUUCCAUUUGUUAGAUCUCUUUUCUUCAAGUAUAAUCUAUCCUUUAUCGAUAAGCAGUUGGAAUCCACUGUUUAUACCGACAAAACCGGCGCCGCUUCAAUUUCCAUCCGACUACCACCCAAAGGAGAUUCACUGAUUUUCCACUACAAUCUGAAGUUUUUCGAUUCUGAAGAGAAUACGAUAAGUGGAAUGUCAUUGAAACGAUUUGUUAUGCAAUCGGUCACAGAGGAUAUUGUCACAUUCCGAGUUCAUGCUCCAUCCACUCGCCCACUUCUUCUUGACAUUUUCGCCAACUCCGUAUCAUCUGGAGCCUAUUUGACAGGUCAACCUAUCAAAUUCAAGAGUGUUUGCAAGUUCAAGGUCGUCUGUGAAUCCCUCCAAGUGAUAAUGGUUCCCCUUCCGGAAUGUGCUUCUGGAGAGUGGGGACCUGCUAAAGCUACUCGUCUAUUCGGUUUACUUCCAGUAUCCCAUCCGGAUGCUAUCAUCAACACCGGACGAUAUGUAGAGAUUCGAUUCCGAAUGACACGUCCACUAUCAGAAUUUGUGGCUUCUUUACAUAAAAACCGAACGGAUGACAGAGCGUUACAGUCUUGUACAAGAUCCGCAUUGAAAGGAGAUAUGGUUUACAUCCAAAUUGAUUUCCCUGUAGAAGGACAGUAUGGAUUAGAUAUUUACACACGACAAGAUGACCAACUAAUCAAUGGAAAACAACUUCUGACCCAUUGUUGUAAAUAUCUCAUUCACUCGAGAAAUUGCUAA